ACGGAAUGUACUAGAGGAAACUGAUAAGAAGGAUAAAUAUUCAUGUCUAGCUGAAAACACACCGAGCUCUGAGUUUGCACAAAGUUUGAGUAGCUAGUGCAUGAAAGACAGCCUAAAGGCUACUGACGUCUUCUGUUUCUUGGACACCGUGGAUACUUUACAUUAGGUUUAAUAGUAGAACAAAUCGGUUUUAAUGAUGGCCUUUGCCAUGCUGCGGCCGAUGGCGACUCACCUCGCGUACCCGGACCACAGCAUGCUGUCUGAGGACGAUGAGACGCGCAGUGAGAGCGACGGCAGCUCGGAGCAGAGUUACGGCUGCUGCUCGGAGAAGCGGCGGCGAGUGUCGCGCAAACCGUCUGUGGGCGGCGUGCUCAUCGUUAAACAGAGGAACGCGGCUAACGCGCGGGAACGCGACCGCACGCAAAGUGUCAACACCGCCUUCACGGCAUUACGGACUCUCAUACCCACGGAGCCGGUAGACAGGAAGCUCUCCAAGAUCGAAACUCUGCGCCUUGCUUCCAGCUACAUCUCCCACCUAGCCAACGUGCUGCUCAUAGGAGACAGUGGCGAGGACGCGCAGCCGUGUUUAAGCGCCGGUUGCAGCGUACAGGGAGAAACCGGAGGCAAACAACCACGAACCAUCUGCACCUUCUGCCUCAGCAACCAGAGAAAAGGAGUAAAAGACGGUAAAGAUUGUCUCAGAAUGCGGGGAAUCAGUGCCCUGCGCAUGAGCCGCCGGUAGCCGGUAGAAGUAAAGGUGGCCAAACUCAGGGAGCAUGGAGAAAAAAGAGAGGAAAACAGAGAGCAGGAGAGAGAGCGAGAGAGAGGCGCACGAGAAGAGGCGCACCGAGAGCUUGCGCUGGAGCACGCAGAGACUCAAGGACUCGUAAGAGAUUCAAAAGACAGCUCUUUAUUGAUUUCUUUCAUGUAUUUGAACUUUUCAUGCAGUGCAUAAACUUUUGUGUUGUUCUAAAGAGAAUUUAUAGAUUUUUCUACAAAAAUUGUGUGAAUCCCACAAUGAAUAAAGUAUAUUUUUUAUCAGA